CUAGACCUGCGAGAGGACUAUUUGAACCCGCGAAGUAGUAAAAACCCCGAAAAAACACGUGAACCAUUCAGAAAAAAAAAUUAUUAUCAAGACCCUGAUAGUCCAAUCUCUAAUCGGCUAUUGAAAAACGAAACAAAUGAGAAGAAAUACUUUCAUAGCUCUAAAAAAAACUGUCUCUGAUAAUUGAGAGAUAAAAAAUUCCGAAGCGACAUUGAACUAGCCAAAAAUCUCGGAAAGUCCCAGCAGAGAUGACAACCACUCCGGGGAAUAGUGCAGCAGCUGACGGCUCUGAGAAUCCAAGGAACAAACGUCGCGUACCGAGCGCGAAUGUACUUCAUGGCAUUGGCGGAUCAAUUGAGGACAAGAAUAGCGAUUACUUGUGUCCAAUUUGCUUUGAAGUAAUCGAUGAGGCUCAUAUAACACGCUGUGGUCACACCUUCUGCUACAAAUGCAUCACUAAAACAUUAGAAAGCCUGGGGAGAUGUCCAAAAUGCAACUUCACCCUGGGUCAGCAGGAUAUUUUCCCAAAUUUUCUGCUGAACGAGCUUGUCUCGAAGUACAAAACAAGGAUAAAAGGCAUUGGUGAGUUUGGCUGCGCUCAUGGCGAUGGUAGAAGAAGAGAAAGUGGUUCGGAGUCGUCGGUGCCUCCGUGCGAUGGCCUGCGAGACUUCGUAGCAGCUGAGAGUGCCAAUCUAACACUUCCUGAUGUCAAUGUUAUGCUCGAAGUGCUGACGCAGAGGAAACUACUGCUGGAGGCAGAGUCGUGUGCAGCUCAGAACAAACUCCUUCACGAAUUUCUGAAGCAUCUGCUGCAGCAAAAGGAGGAGCAGCGUAAUCAACUGCAGAAGGAAGUGGCACUGAUAAAACGAGACAUGGAGGAAGUCGAGUCCAUUCUCAAAGACGUCCAGAGCAAGUGUCCACGUAUUGAGGAUUUGCAGCGCACGAGGGAGAACGAGACUGCACAAAUGUCCGCUAUUCGCAAAGAAAUGAUAGAUCUGAUAGAUAUCAUUGACUCCAAUAUGGUUAAACACGACGAGAAUUUACAAAAGCCUGAACACACAACUGUGUCGACAUUGGCUGUGAGACGCAAGCGAAUGCACGCACAUUUUGAGGACUUUGUCCAGUGCUAUUUCGAUGCCAGAGCCAAAGAUCUACUGCUUGGAGUGCCAAAGAAUCCAGUCAACAUUGACACAGUGCAUGGCAUGUCGUCGGGCUUGGAUGUCUUCAGGGAUAAUUUAGUUAAAUUCUCUCGUUACAACUCCCUCCGACCUCUGGCCACUCUCAACUAUUCAUCCGAUAUUUUCAACAACUCAACUAUCGUUUCUAGCAUCGAGUUCGACAAGGACAACGAAUUUUUUGCUAUUGCAGGCGUCACGAAGCGCAUCAAGGUGUUUGAUUAUGGGGCAGUUAUAAGGGAUACAGUUGAUAUUCAUUAUCCAUGCAUCGAGAUGGUUUCGAGCUCAAAGAUAUCGUGUGUGUCGUGGAAUUCGUAUCAUAAGGGAAUGCUGGCUUCUUCGGACUAUGAGGGAACGGUGACCGUUUGGGACGCAGCCACGGGACAGAGGACAAAGGCCUUUCAGGAGCACGAGAAGAGAUGCUGGUCCGUUGAUUUUAAUGACGUUGACACGAGGCUGAUAGCCUCCGGCUCGGACGACGCUAGAGUUAAACUGUGGUCCCUCAAUAUUGAUCAUUCAGUGGCCUCUUUAGAGGCCAAAGCCAAUGUUUGUUGUGUCAAAUUUAACCCCAGAAGCUCUUGUCAUCUGGCUUUUGGCUCGGCUGAUCACUGUGUGCAUUAUUAUGAUUUGAGAAAUAUGAAGGAGGCACUGUGCAUCUUCAAGGGCCAUCGCAAAGCCGUUUCGUACGUUAAAUUUAUCAAUAAGGAGGAAAUUGUAUCAGCCAGUACUGACUCACAGCUCAAAGUUUGGAAUAUUAAUAAUCCACAUUGUUUGAGGUCAUUUGUGGGACAUGUUAAUGAGAAAAAUUUCGUUGGACUCGCUACUGAUGGAGACUACGUUGCCUGUGGCUCCGAGAACAACGCGCUUUAUGUUUACUAUAAAGGACUUACCAAGCAACUAUUCUCGUAUAAGUUCGAUGCAGUCAGGACUGUUUUGGAGCUGCAUGAGAGGAGGGAGGAGGAUCCUAAUGAAUUUGUGUCUGCUGUCUGCUGGAGGCAAAUGUCCAAUGUUGUAGUGGCUGCUAAUUCGCAGGGAAUUAUCAAGAUUUUAGAGCUCGUUUGAAAUUCAAUCGAGUUAACAAUUUAGUUUUCAAGUGGUGAAAGCCCCUUUCUGUGGCUGUUACCGAACUCAAAAUUCAUUAUUGAUUUUCGCCAAAUCCGGGGGAAACAACGAUGAGGUCAAUGUAAUCAGACAACGAUAGGUGUCAAUGAAUUUCAAAUAUUUCAGAAAUUGAAAUUCUUUUUCUCUGCGCUUGUCAUGACAUUUGUCUGAGAUUAGAUAAUACAUCUGCAAGGUUAUGAUAAUUGAGGGGACUAUUAAUGCAGAUAUUGUAAUGAAUGUAAAAUAGUAGGCUUAGUUAAUAUUAAGACGAUAACUUAAUUAUUUAGGAUUAAAUCGUUAUUGAGGUAAGACAAAUUCGUGCCAAUCUUCGGAGAAAUUAUUCGUUUGGGGUUUUCGCUUUUGUAUUGCCAGUGUUUCUCAUUAUUUUUAAUUGAGUUGUAUUCUUCAAUCAGGUGAUUUUCUUUCAAUUUUUUUCCUUUUUUUCUCUCUAUCUCUUGCUCUCCCUCUAUUAUUGUAAAGUUAAACUCCGAGGGGUGGGGCCUAGUGUUGUGACAGUUAUGAAUAAAAUAUAAAACACAUAUAUAUAUAUAUAUAUAUAUAUAUAUAUAUAUUUAACGAACACUUGAGUGAGAAUUCGUAGUGAAAAUGCAAUGUCAAGUUGAGGAGAAAGGAAAAAAAUGUGGGAAUAAAGUCAGGUGAAGGAAAUUUCAAUCGAAGAAAGAGUAUAUUUUUAGAUUGUAUUUUGAAAAAUGAUUGUGCGGGAAAUUCGCAAUUGCAACCAAUGUCCGAUGAUUAGAUCUAAUGUAAUUAAUAAAAAUCAUUCAUGAAUUGGUGUCUAA